AUGGAGGGGUUUGGGGGAGCCCCCAGGUUCCUGGCCUACCCACGUGCCUUCAUGGUGCAAAGUGGCGCUGACGCAGUCCUGAGCUGCCAGAUCACGGGCAACCCCCGGCCAAGCAUCCUCUGGGAGAAAGACAAGACCCCGAUCGAGCCUUCAGACCGCUUCCACGUGGAGGCCAAGGGGGACCUGUACAGCCUGCUGGUGUCCUGUGCCACUCCCCAGGACAGCGGGCUCUAUGUCUGCAAGGCCAAGAACAGUGUUGGUGAGACCUAUGCUGCUGCCACGCUCAAGGUGGAGGUGGGGGAGCCCCAGGAAGAGAGAUGCUCAGGUGGUGAGGUGCCCACCUUCCUUGUUGCCCCCUCAUCCACACGGGUGUGCCGGGGGGAGGACGUGAUGUUUGCCUGCAGGGUGUUCGGGCAGCCCUGCCCUGUGCUGGAGUGGGAGAAGGAUGGACGCAAGCCCUCCGACAUCUUGGAGACCAGCCACUUCGCGGUGGGGCAGGAGCCAGAGGACUGGCAUUUUCUGAAGCUAUUUGGCGCCCGACCCCCAGACGGGGGGGUGUAUGUGUGCCGGGCACGCAGUGGCUCCCAGGAGGCCCUGGCUGCUGCCGUGCUCCUGGUCGAACCCCGGGCGCUGCCGGACAGGCUCCCUAAUGGCUCUCCUGCUGAUGGCCCCGAGCUGCUGGCAGAGCGGCAACGGCGGCGGCAGCGGCACAUGGUGGGACGGCAUGCAGGACUGGACCCCCAGGUGCCCAACGGCAUGGUGCCGGCCACAGUGCCAGGGGCCAAGGCAUUCGCCGUGAGUGCGGGAAAGCAUGCCAAAUUUCGCUGCUAUGUCACCGGCAAGCCCAAACCGGAGAUCAUCUGGCAGAAGGACGGUGAGCCCCUCGUCCUUGGCCGCAGGCACCUCGUCUACGAGGACCGGGAGGGCUACUUCAUCCUCAAGGUGCUGUACUGCAAACCCCAGGACCAGGGGCUGUAUGUCUGCACGGCACUGGGGGGGUCUGGCAGGGAUGUGUCUCGUCUGUCUCUCCUGGUGGCAGAGCACCGGCUGCGGUUCCAGGUGCAGCUGGCAGAUGUGGAAGUGGCAGAGCGGGAGGACGCUGUGCUGGAGUGCCAGGUGCCGCUGGAGACCAUCCCCACCGCCUGGUACCUGGAGGACAGGGAGCUGCAGCCCAGCCACAAGUACGUGAUGGAGGAGCGAGGCGUGCUGCGGCGCCUGACCAUCCGUGACGCCCGCACCGAUGACGACGGCAUCUACCUCUGCCAGAUGAAGGACAAGGGGCGCAGCAUUGCCGAAGUUUCUGUCCGAGGGGUGAUCACAAAGCGGCUGCCACGGAAGCUGGAUGUGAUGGAGGGGGAGAACGCGGUUUUCUGCGUGGAGACGCGGGAGGCAUUGGAGGGGAUCUGCUGGAGCCGGGAUGGGCUGGAGCUGCGGGAGUCACCCCGCACAGUGCUGAAGAGCUUCGGCAGGACGCACCUCCUGGUACUGGUGCACGUCACUCGCCAGGAUGCGGGCAUCAUCUCCUUCGCCGUCGGGGAGUCACAGACAUCCUCCCAGCUCCGGGUCAAGUGUGUGAAGCGUGACCCCCCGAGUGCGCCGGUGGCGGCUGAGAUGAGCGCGGCAGAGAGCAACGUGGCCUUACUGACGUGGUGCCCUGCACCCGACGCCCCCCUCCGCCCCCCCGGCUGCUACCUGCUGGAGCGGCGGGAGGCAGCGGGGGGUGAGUGGGUGCAGUGCCUCACCACUGACCUGCCCGGUUGUGUGCGGGUGCUGGGCGACAGCGUGCCCCGUGAGGCCGACUACUGCUUCCGCAUCUGUGCCACCAAUGAGCACGGCAGGAGCAGCCCCGUGGAGUUCCCUGGCUCUGUGCACCUCGCUCCGGCAGCUCGCCUGGAGAGGGGUCUGCAGGACGUGCAGGUGCGGGAUGGCGAGGAUGCACGGUUCUCCCUGGAGCUGUCAGCGGCAGUGCAUGGCACCUGGUUCUUCAAUGGCGCUAGGCUGGGCGAGGAGGGGGAGGCUGCGAGUGGCCGGUGCUGUGUGCAGCACCGUGGGACGGAGCACUCGUUGCUGAUCCGGGAAGUGCGGCUGGCCGACAGCGGUGCCCAGGUGACCUUUGUGUCUGGUAGUGUGCAGAACUCGGCCAUGCUGCAUGUGCAAGUGCUGGAGUGCCAGGUGUCCCCCCCGGCUGCCCCUGUUCGCUGGCUGAAGGACGGCGAGGCCGUGCCCUUGGACGACGUUAUUGCAGUGCAGGUGGAGGGCUGCGUGCGGAGGCUGCUCCUCCGCUCAGCGGGUCCCUCAGACACCGGCGUGUAUACCUGUGACGCCGGGGACGAUGCUGUGAGCUUUGUGGUGACCGUGACCG